UAAAGGCGCCACCUUUCUUUCCCUUUCGCCGCAUCCCCCAUCCUCAUCCGCCAUUGCAACCUUGUGCGAGAAUCUCCUCUCUUCCUCUUCCUCUUCCUCUUCCUCUUCUCCGGCUGAAUCCUCUCCUCUGCUCUGAACCCUCUCCCUCUCUCGCUCUCCUGCGCGCUCUCGUGCUCUCGAUCUCCGUUUCGCUGGCGGCCAUGGCCAAGGUUCUGUACGCCAGCGGCAGCGUGGCGGCGCCGUGCGGGGAAAUGGGCGCGGCGUCGGCUGCUGCGGCGGCGCUGGCCGAGUCCGUGGCGAUGGGCGGCGGGUACCGCGGCAAGAGCUCCUUCCCCGCCGGCAGGAUGGCGGUCUCUGACAGGCAGCCCCUGCCCCGGAGCCUCAAAGCGGCGGCCGUCGCCCAGAUGAACGGGAACCUGACGAUUGGCAAGGCGAUGCGGUGGUGGGAGAAGGGGACGCAGCCCAACAUGAGGGAGGUCCAGUCGGCGCAGGACCUCGCCGACACACUGCUUAACGCCGGCGACAAGCUCGUCGUAGUCGACUUCUUCUCCCCCGGCUGCGGUGGCUGCCGCGCCCUCCACCCCAAGAUCGCUCAGUUCGCGGAGCGGAACCCGGAGGUGCUUUUCCUGCAGGUGAACUACGAGCAGCACAAGUCCAUGUGCUACAGCCUCCACGUCCAUGUCCUCCCUUUCUUCAGGUUCUACAGGGGAGCCCAGGGCCGGGUCAGCAGCUUCAGCUGCACCAACGCAACUAUCAAGAAGUUCAAGGAUGCGCUCGCGAAGCACAGCCCUGACAGGUGCAGCCUCGGCCCGGCGCGGGGGCUCGAGGAGUCGGAGCUCAUGGCAUUGGCCUCCAACAGGGACCUGGAGUUCACCUACGGCGGCGACAAGCCGACGCUGGUGCCCAUAGCGAAGGCCAUCAAGAUGGAAGCUGCUGCAGCAGGGGCCGGAGGGCCAUGGCUGCCAUUGCCUCAAGCCGCGGCGCAGCAGUACUUGAACCAGGGAUCCCAGAACUCGUUGACGCCCUCUGGGAGAUAGCAGCAAGUUGAAUUGACCUGUACAGAUUUUUUUUUACCUUUCUAGAUUUAUCUUCUGUUGUGUGUAUUGAAGAGGGAGAAGUAUAGCAGGCUUAAGCUUUUAGAUCUUGUAAGCCUGCUGUGCUUAGUGCGAUUGAUUGUCUUGCUGAAAUCUGGUCAUCGCUCAAUGAGCAAAGGAUCAUGUUUGUAUGAAUCAACAACAACUCCGGCAUGCUAAUGAAGCUCCUUGGUGACCAAUUUAUCUGAAUUCUGAACGAA